GACGCGCCACCGCCGAGGGAGGCGCCGCCCGCUGGCCUUCUGACGUCCCUUCGCCCCGCCUGUGCUGGAGUUUUCCGGCCCGCAGCUACGCCGUGUGGGCCGGCGAGGGAAGCGCAGGCCGGCGGUUCGGGUGCUGCGGAGUGCGGAGUGCGGGGACGGCCCUGCGAGGAGGAGGAGGAGGAGGAGGAUGAGCGCCGAGUCCCUGACGGUGGACUGCAUCAUUCACAUCUUCUCCUACCUGGAGGUGCCGGAGCUGCUCCUAGCGGCUCAAGUGAAUAAGACAUGGAACGAAGCAGCAGAGACCACAUUUCUUUGGAGAAAUAUGUGUCUAAGACGAUGGGCUUUUUGCAAUAUAUCUGUGAUCCCAGGAAUGCAGACCUGGAAAAAGUACUACCUCCAUCGCUCUAAUCUUGAACACAAGAUGGCAUCGGGAAGGCCUUCAGUUGACUAUACAUGUAAAGCUCUGCGAGGACAUAAAGGCGUGAUAAAUGCUAUGGCUUACCUGUCAGAGAAUGAGCACACAUUUGCAACAGGAAAGGUCAAGUCCAUUAUGUGCACCACAUCUUCUGAUGGCACUGUCAGAGCGUGGAAUGUCCAAGAGGGUACACAGAUUUGGUCAAGUCUACAACAGGAAGCCCCACUCAUAAAUAUUAUCACAUUUCCUUCAUAUAAGCGAGCAGCUACCAUAGACUCUCAGGGGAUGAUCAAACUCUGGCAUGGAGAUACGGGGGUACAGCUUGCUACAUUUUCGGUGUCAUCCACAGAAUGCUCUAUGGUUGGCUACACGAUUGACAGUAAACCAUUCCUGACGGUAGGCACUGGACAAGGUGUACUUUACACAUUAGGAGCUGCUGAUCUCAGCCAGAUUUUACGCUCAAAAGUCUUUCAGACUGGUGGCAUAGACUUGUCGCAUUGUUCACCAGAUGGGCAGUGGAUUGUUAUUUGCCCAACAGAUCCUGCCUGUUCACUCAAGGUAUUUUACACACAUUGUGCAACCAAUCCAGAUGAUGAAUUGAUGUUAUCUAGUCCUUUACCAGUCACAGAUCACCGACUUGUCACCUGCUGGUUACCAGCUGAACCAGCAAGAAUAGCCAUAAUGCAUGAUGAUGGGAUGAAUUUUCGUAUUGUGAGCUUUGAUAUAGUCAUUGAGAAGAAGUCAAAAUAUAAAAGAAAUAUUGUAGCUCAACAGGUUGCAAACUUCACAUUGCCAACACAAGCACCAUGGAUGACAGAGAAGAUCAUGAAAGGAUUUGGCAAACAAACAAUUCUUAUUGCAGCUGGACUGGAGCUGAAAUUAUACUCCCUGACAGGGACUGAAUUAAUGGCUUUCAAGGAUCAUCAUAAAAUUAUUACAUCAAUCUGGGUGGAUCCUUUUCAUGUUGUCACAUCAUCAAUGGAUCUCUCACUCAGAGUAUAUUCAUGGAAAAAUACCAACAAAUCCCCUUCAUUGAUUAGUCGUUAUCAUUUACUGGGAGGGUCACACCGAUGGUCAAGUGGGUUUAGAAGUGUGGCUUGCGAUGAUGUGAGCAUCGUUGGCAUAGUAGCUGGAACUGAUGGGACAGACAUUUUAAGAGCAUACUCCUUUAAUUUGUAAGAUUUAACAUUUCUAUUUUACAUUUCAUAUAUUGGUUUUGUUUGUGUCAUUUAUGUUAAAUCAAAUCCAUCAUAAACUGCAUUUGCUGAAAAUAAGAGCAUGCACUGAAUUCAAGCUUUGUGAUUACUAUGUUACUGAUAAUAAACUAUUAUAUAUGAGUGGUGGUCACAUGCCUUUUUUCUGAUCUUCAGAUACAAAUAAUUUAAACAAGUUCAAUCCCUAUUAUGGACCUAAUAGAACCAGUCUCACUCCUUCACAAGUGUGUCAUAGAUAAUAAUAUAUAUGCAGCAUUUCCCAAAUUCUAGUACCGGAACACACAGUGGAUACCCAGGAACCCAGAAAAUAUUACAGAAACAUAUGUAGAGCUGUUUCUAUCCUGGGGGGGGGCAGCAAAAAGAGGGUUAUUGCCCAAGGGUGAGACUGCAGCUAUUCAAUUUUGUCACUGCAUUUCACACCUGCAUGACAAUUGAAAGUUUCAAAUAUUAAGUACAAAAUAUUAAGAGAUAGCAGACAAUUGAAAUGUUGAAAUCUGCCCUCUCACAGCUCAUCCUUGCCUAACAAAACAAACAGAAUGAUAUUUGACAACAUUCAGAAAGGAAGCCCACAUGCAAAUUCACCAGCAAUUAGAAUAACUGCUGUAGACACAGGGAAAGACAUUUAAAAAAAACAGCAAAUUACAAAGCAAUUUUGGUAUACCCAGUUUGAAUUUAUUCUGCACCUCUUAAAUACACAAGAGCCGAUAUUACUAUUGCCUUGUUUGAAACCAUCCCUACCUUCUUUCCCACCCAAGAUGAACAUCUUUUAAAUAUAGUGAUGCCUCGCAAGACAAAUUAAUUCAUUCUGCGAGUCAUGUCGUAUUGCAAAAUUUUCGUCUUGUGAAGCGCGAUACUAAUGGUUGUGCGAUUUAAAAUAAACCAAAAAAAUAUUGUCUUGUGAAGCAUGGCCAUAGAAAAAAUCAUCUUGCAAGUAAUCAAAAA